AUGCCUUUCAUGCACUCCAAGGGUGCGACGACGCUCGGCCACACAUUUAGAAAUUUUGACCAGACGAUAAUCACAGUAAAAGUUGGUGGAAAGGACUACCCUGAGUCUUUCAGCUGCCAUCGCGAACUUCUGCGACGAUGCUCACCAUACUUCAACACAUGUCUAGAGGAGAAGAGCGACUCACCAUACGAGAAAUCGGGUACCACACUUGAGCUUGACGACACUAGCCCCGAUGUGUUCGACGCCUUCAUGCUAUGGCUAUACACAGGCUUCAUCCCGCAUCACCUCAUCGAAGGCGGGAAGGAGGUGCACCCUCCAACACAUGCCGUCAAUGUCAAUGGAGGCGACAGCACGAACACCAUCGAGCAGACCGAGAGUGAUGACGUGGACACUGCCUCCUGGGGCAUCGCUCUAGAGGCCGAUGAUACAGAAUCAGAUACCUCACCAGCCAACGCCGAACCAGCAGCCAGCCCUGCACCUAGUACGGAGAAAGUGCCUGGCGACGCCGAACCCGAAAAGGCUGCCGUAGUACCGCCUCCACGAAACCCCGCCGAGAAGCCCGAGAUACCAAAAGAGACACUAUGCCCAUGCUGCUCAAGACCAUACAAGUGGAGAGGAUUGGAAGGCUUCCUAGAGCGCCGGUUCAUAUCACUCUACGUCUUCGCACACCGCUACGCCAUCCCAAAGCUACGCCGCGCCGUUAUUCUAGCAUGGCAAACGAACGACGAGAUCCUACAAGUCAUGCCCGACCAUAGCAAUGUCAUCGCCGCCUACGAAAGCCUCCCACCAGACGCACCGCUGUGCCGAUACUUCCUUGAUAUGUACUCCGUGUACUGGAACCCCGAUCGCGACGACGAGCGCACGAUAGCUCUGCGGAGUCAGCUUCCGCAAGCUUUCUUAUUCGAACUGGUGACAAUGUUGGCAAGGGGCGAGAGGCCCAAGAUGGAGAAGGAAUGGUGCGAGUUCCAUGAGCAUGAGAGUGAGGAAGAGAAGAAAGCUUGUCUGGAUGACUUGGCCAAGGAUCCUAUUGCGAGCAAAGCGCUUAGGCGGAUCAAGGAUAGCAAGGGCUGGAAGGGCUUGGUACUCAAGAAGGGCAAGAGAUGA